AUGAAAGCCUAUUGGUUUGAUAACCUGCCUGGCGACCAGCGGCUUCCCCAUGAUUCUGGGAACGCAGUCGACGAGGAGGGGCUACAGAAACUCGGCGUCUACUAUCACAAUAUAUCAGACAUUGAAGGGGUGAACCAGCUAGCCGCAAAGAAAGGCUACAAGAACCGCGACGAGAUCAUUGUUUCUCCAGAGAAGAUGGGUGAUGUGUAUGAGGAUAAAGUGAAGAGUUUUUUCAACGAACAUCUUCAUGAGGACGAGGAGAUAAGGUAUGUCCGUGAUGGGCAAGGAUUCUUUGAUGUCCGCAGUCGCGACGAUGAAUGGGUGCGCAUCCGCGUGGAGAAGGAUGACUUGAUUAUCCUACCGCCUGGUAUAUACCAUCGGUUCACCACAGAUGAAACGAAUUACAUAAAAGCAAUGAGGCUCUUCAAAGACGAACCAAAGUGGACUCCACUGAACCGGUCAUCUGACCUGGACGCGAACCCUCAUCGUCAGCAAUAUAGUAGGGAAUACCUGGCAAGCCCGACAGCUUGA